GUGUCUCCGGCCCUGAAACUCAUUUUUGUUCGAAUUUCCAGAAGUGGCUGGUUUCUGGUCAUUUUGAGUAUUCUCCGGUACGUUUGUGAGCACAAGAACCGUUUCCCAUUCGUUUCCAGUGUCGUGAAGUGUGUACAUUCCAUCCCUCAUCAUGUCGCGCAAUCCGGCCGAAAACCAGCUGAACCUUUACAAGGAAUCGCAGAAGGAGACUGUAACGGUUACGGCGAGCCAUGGUGCUCCGGUUGGCAACAAGUCGGCCACGCAGACGGCCGGCCCCCGUGGUCCCGUGUUGCUGCAGGAUAGCCACCUGAUCGACGAGCUGGCGCAUUUUGAGCGCGAGCGCAUCCCGGAGCGAGUCGUGCACGCCAAAGGUGCCGGUGCGUUCGGUUACUUCGAGGUAACGCACGACAUCACCAAGUACUGUGCGGCCAAACUGUUCGAGAAGGUUGGCAAGAAGACGCCGCUCGCCGUGCGCUUCUCGACCGUCGGCGGCGAAAGUGGUUCCGCCGAUACGGCGCGCGAUCCGCGCGGAUUCGCCGUCAAGUUCUACACGGACGAUGGUAUCUGGGAUAUGGUCGGCAACAACACGCCCAUCUUCUUCAUCCGUGAUCCGGUGCUAUUCCCGAGCUUCAUCCACACCCAGAAGCGCAACCCGUCGACGCAUCUGAAGGAUCCGGACAUGUUUUGGGACUUUAUCUCGCUCCGCCCGGAAACAACACACCAGACCCUGUUCCUCUUCGCCGACCGUGGCAUCCCCGACGGUUACCGCUUCAUGAACGGUUACGGAUCGCACACGUAUAAGCUAGUUAACGCCGACGGCAAGCCGGUGUACUGCAAGUUCCACUUCAAGACCGACCAGGGCAUUAAAAACAUGGACCCAGUCCGAGCAGGUGAACUGUCUGGAACCGAUCCGGACUACAGUAUCCGGGAUCUAUACAACGCAAUCGCGAAGAAGGAAUUCCCCAGCUGGUCGCUCAAAGUGCAGAUCAUGACGUACGAGCAGGCCGAAAAGGUUCCGUACAAUCCGUUCGAUUUGACCAAGGUGUGGCCGCAAAGCGAUUUCCCGCUGAUACCGGUUGGCCGUAUGGUGCUUGACCGUAACCCCAGCAACUACUUUGCCGAGGUGGAACAGGCGGCGUUCGCACCGUCGCACCUGGUGCCCGGUAUCGAACCAUCGCCCGAUAAGAUGCUGCAGGCCCGUCUGUUCGCGUAUGCCGACACGCACCGUCAUCGCGUCGGUGCCAACUAUCUGAUGCUGCCGGUCAACUGCCCGUACCGCGUCGCAACGCGCAACUACCAGCGAGAUGGGCCGAUGAACAGCACCGACAACCAGGGUGGUGCCCCGAACUACUUCCCCAACUCGUUCAGCGGACCGCAGGAGUGUCCGUUUGCGCGUAAACUGCAGAACCCACCGAUGCCAGCCCCCGGCAAUAUCGAUCGUUACGAUAGUAGCGAUGAUGACAACUUCUCGCAGGCGACUGUCUUCUAUCGCCGCGUGCUGGACGAUGGUGGCCGACGCCGGCUGGUCAACAACAUCAUUGACCAUCUGCGAAAUGCCUCGCCUUUCCUGCAGGAACGCGCUGUUAAGAACUUUGCCAUGGUCGAUGCCGACUUCGGGCGUCAGCUGGUGGAGGGACUGAAGCUGAAGCAUGCCGCCAACCUGUAAUGUGGUUUUUUUUCAGCAUCCGGUUCGCUUCCAACAUUCUCUGACGUCUUUCGAGCAAAAGAUGAAUCUAUAGCGCUCUGUUUGUCUUCGGUUUUGUUAUUAUCUAUAUCGUUUAGCCUCUACCCCGUUAUUGUUUCCGUUUCCUGUUCCUUUUGUUUCUAUGGGGCUUCAUCGUAGGCAGACGACCAUUCGAACACAAUAAAACAUU